AGUCUAGAUAUUGAUGCUAGAACGUGCAUCCUAUCUGCACCUCAGUGUUCUGUGUUUUCCGGAACCCGAAGGACGCAUGCGAAUAUCGUAAAGUUUUGCAGCAAGUUUCGCUCAGAAUGACAACUCCUAAGCUAAGCUGGCUGCUGAUACUUCUUGGCAUUACUUGUGUCCUACCACCUCACCAGACUCAAAGUAUUAACUACAAGAGGGUGUGCUACUACUCCAACUGGGCCCAGUGGCGGUCUGGUGAUGGGAAGUAUACAGUAGCAGACGUCGACGCCAUGCUCUGCACUCACAUAAUCUUCGCUUUCGCUGGGUUCAACGCCGACGGCAGUGUGUUCGCCGUCGAAGGAAUAAACGACGAAGCUGCAUAUGCCUCUUUAGUAGCUCUGAAAAAAGACAACGCGGAUCUCAAAUUACUGUUAGCGUUUGGUGGGUGGAAUUUCGGGAGCGUCCGGUUUUCCAACAUGGCUCGUGACAGCGGGGUUCGAGCAGCGUUUGUCCAGAGUGCCAUGAACUUCCUGCGCCAACAUGGUUUUGACGGCCUUGACCUCGAUUGGGAAUACCCUGCCGCCAGAGGAGGUAUCCCACAGGACAAGCAGAACCUCGUCAAGCUUUGCCAGGAACUGUCCGAGGCAUUCAAGGGAGAGGCCUUGGCCGCCGGACAGAGCCGCCUCCUCUUGACCGCCGCCGUGCCAGCCAGCCGCUUUACUGCGGCUGACGGAUAUGACGUCCCUGCUCUCAGCAAGUAUUUUGACUUCAUCAGCUUGAUGACGUAUGAUAUGCAUGGUUCCUGGGAGAGCAAAACUGGUUUCAACAGCCCUCUGUUCGCAUCGUCCGCAGAAGUUGGGAACGAACGCUAUAUGAACAUGAACGCGUCGGCAGCAUGGUGGAAUGAAGCGGGAAUGCCGAAAGAGAAGAUCGUUGUCGGGUUCGCCACCUAUGGCAGGAGUUUCACCUUGACCAGUGGCAGUACCGGCGUAGGGGCCCCGGCUAGGACGGGACCCUCUGGUCCAUACACGAACGAGGCGGGGUUUAUGGCGUACUAUGAGAUCUGCAAAGAAAUUCAGAACGGUGGUGGCCGCGUCGAGUUCGAUCAAGAGCAGAUGGUUCCUUACUUCGUUAAAGGAACAACCUGGGUUGGAUUCGACAAUGAUGAAAGUUUCAUAAUAAAGACUCAGUGGUUGAAAAAUCAUCGAUACAGCGGCGUUAUGUUUUGGGUUUUGGACAUGGACGAUUUCAAACCAGUUUGCUGGUCAUCGAAGAACGCGAAAUAUCCUCUGAUUAGUACCGUCAUGGAUGAACUGGUGGGCGAGACCCAAACAGACGACGCCGUAACCAACGGGCAGACAACAGAACAAACAACGCAAAUGACAAAAAACACACAACCAACCACGAAACCAACCACGAAACCAACCACGCAACAAACCACAAAGACCACAAAACCAACAACACAGGCGACCUCAGACACAACAAUAGAAACCAGCACGCUGACAACAAAGCAGACGACCCGGAUGACGUCAUUGACGAAUGACCGCACGACCACCCAGUCCCAGGCUACCUGUCGCGCGGCACUAGGUUGGGAUGACAACAUGGCGGACUGGUGCGCAGAACUAUGUGCGCCACCUUACAAUUACUGUCCAAGGGGCUACUGCACCUGCGACGGGGAUGUCCCCGACCCCUACGACAACUGCGUGGCUGUUGCACCGUACGCCGGCGAGACCUAUUACAUCAAUUGGUGCAGGAGAAACUGCAGACUGGGCUACUGUCCUGGUACCCUCUGCAGUUGUUAAUAAUUAUUAGCAAUAAACAAAAUAUUCUUAA